GCUCUUCUGGUCUCUUUGGCCUUGCCGGUAAAACCAAGAUGACAAAAGGACCGUCAUCCUUUGGAAAAUAUCACAAUAAGAGGUAUACACCGUGCUGUCACUAUUGCUCCAAGGUCUACCACCUUCAGAAGUUGGCCUGUGGCAAAUGUGGCUACCCUGCCAAGCUCAAGGAAAAGUAUAACUGGAGUGCCAAGGCUAAGAGACAAAACACCGCUGGGACUGGUUGGAUGAGGCACCUAAAGAUUGUCUACCACAGAUUCAGACAUGGAUUCUGUGAUGGAACAACACCUAAACACAAGAGGGCAGCUGUUGCAGCAUCCAGUUCAUCUUGA